CAACUGCCUCCCCAACGGCCAACUGCUGCCUCCUCUCCUGGCACUCCAGGAACCUCCCCUAAAACUCUCAUACUCUCAAUACUGGCAGACCCUGGUUGCCUUAAGGGCCCAAACUGUGGGGCAUCCUGGAGGUAACUUGCUCCUCACCUUGUCCAGCCCCCAGAAACCUGCCAAGAUUUCUCACCUCCCUACAGCCACCACCCAAUGGCUCCCACACUGCUCUGGGUCAUGAUCUCAUGGGUUGUGAGAUUGAGCCCCGUGUCAGGGUCUCCACUCUGGUGUCCAUGGACUGGACAAUGAAGCUGGCCACGGCAGCCCUGUUUCUGGGUCUCACGAUGGUGGUCACCAGAGACGAGGACGAAGGCGACAUGUGUUUGUACGAGGCCCUGUCUGACACCGAUGCUGUCCUCUGCAAGGGCCUUGAAGUUUUCUACCCAGAGCUGGGGAACAUUGGCUGCAUGUUUGUUCCUGACUGCAACAACUACCGACAGAAGAUCACCCACUGGGCUGAGCCCAUAGUCAAGUUCCCCGGGGCUUUGGAGGGCGCAACCUACAUCCUGGUGAUGGUGGAUCCAGAUGCCCCAAGCAGGUCUUCUCCCAAAGCUCAAUUCUGGAGACACUGGCUGGUAACUGAUAUCAAGGGCACUGAUAUAAAGAAAGGGAAGCUCCAGGGCCAGGAGUUGUCACCCUACCAGCCUCCCUCCCCGCCAGCACAAACUGGCUUCCACCGCUACCAGUUCUUCGUCUAUCUUCAGGAAGGAAAGAACAUCUCUCUCCACUCCAAAGAGAAUAAAACUCGAGCCUCUUGGAAAAUGGACAAAUUCCUGAACCGCUUCCACCUGAGCGAACCAGAAGCAAGCACCCAAUUCAUGACCCAAAAUUACCAGGACUCGCCAAAUUACCAGACGCCUGGAACAGGAAGCUCGGAGCCCAGGGACAAACCCAAAUAGAGAUAACUGCCUGCCAGACGUCAGGCUUCGCGCUGCAGAUGUGUGUGUCCACUGUGCCCUGCCAGUCGGUCUGAGCGUAGAACCUUCGCUGGGUAUGGAACCCCUUCUCUUCCAAAU